CCGCACACCCACAGCAGCAGCCCUCGCUCGCUCUCUGUCCUGCUCAUCGCAGCACUCCGCCACUCUCUCGCCGCCGCCGCAGCUGCAGCUUCGCCGCCAUGUCGGCGCCGCUCGCCGCCAGCGCAGCACGGACGAGCACGCCCGACGGCGCCCGUCCUUCGCGCGAGCUGCGGCCGCUGCAGCUCGCCGCCUCUGCUGCCGGCAGCACGAGCCGAGUGGGCUUCGUCGCAGCGUCGCGCUCCGGCUCGGCAGCCUCGUCGCACACCGAGAACUGGGUGCCGCCGCAGGACGCAGACGGCGCCUACGUGCGGCGCACCUACGCACACUUUGCGCGGCAGGGCGUGGAAGACGACGGCAUUGCCGACGGCAAGGAGUGGACACGCGAGCGCGGCAAUGGCCAUGCCUGGGAAGAGCCGCCGCCGUCACGCGGCAGCAACCACACCUACAGCAGUCUCAGCGCUCCUCCCAGCCGCGCUGGUCGUCUCGCACCCCACGAAGCAUGGACGCAACGCGCGCCCGGCUCGCAGCGCCUCUCGGCGCCGCCUGUCUCGCCGCUGCUCUCGCCAGCGACGAUACAGACCUUCGGUCUUUCCAUCGUCUCGCCCGCUCUUUCACACCCACGCGAGUUCGUACACUCGCCGCUCACCACGCCUUCGCCUGAAGUAGGCUUCACUCCUGCCUCGCCGGCCUCCUCAGUCAAGGAUCGGACGCCGGUGCUGAACGAGCAGCAUACGUUUCCUUCGGCGACCAGCUUCAGCAACAUCUCGCUCGCAAGGAGCGACGAGAGCGUCUUUUCGGGACAUCAGCGCACGCCCUUGUCUCCCGGCGCGCUGGCAGAGGAGGAGGAGGAGAUGGACAGAGUCAGAUCGGGAAAGGAGGCGAUGCUUGGAGAGGUCGAUCGGUACGGCUUCUUCUCACGAGGAAGCGACGCGAGCUCGUCCGGGCGUCCGCCUCGCACCACCGUGCUCGACUCGCGGCUCUACGACAAGCUACCUGGGCGCGUUCUUCUUCCUGCACUGCGGCCCAAGCACUCUCGCGGGCGCAGCAGCAUGGGUCGCAAGGGCGCCGACGAGCCCAAGAGCGUCGUAGGCCAUGCUUCGUCCGCCUCUCUCGACGGCUCGCAAGGCAGCAGCACAGCGGAACUCGAGUCGGCCCGGCGCGCUCGCGCCUCGAGCGAGUCUGCACAGCGCGUACGCGAGACGAGCCGCGUCAGCAAGUGGCAGGCUAUGCUUCGUCCUGAUGCGCGCGACGAGGGCCAGAAUGUGCGCUCCUAUGCGCUGGCCAACAGCUUGUUGGGCAGCAAGAAGCUGCGACGACGCGUGUACAAGGGCGUGCCUGAUCGCUGGCGUGCCGCCGCAUGGUGGGCCAUGCUGCCGCUCAAGACUCGGCAGGACAUCGAGGCGUUCGGCGCCGUCAACGACCCGACUGCCGCGAUUCCGUCAUCCGAGGCACAGCUCAGCGCCGAGAAGCGCUUCGAGUCGCUCGCGGCCGUCGCCAGUCCGCACGACGUGCAGAUCGACCUCGACGUGCCGCGCACCAUCAGCGGCCACGUCCUCUUCCACACGCGCUACGGCCAAGGCCAGCGCAGCCUCUUCCACGUGCUGCACGCCUUCAGCCUCCACUGCCCCGACUGCGCCUACUGCCAGGGCAUGGGGCCCAUCGCCGCCACUCUGCUCGUCUAUCUGCCACCAGAGCGCGCCUAUGCCUCUCUCGUGGCGCUGCACGACACGCCGCGCUAUGCGCUGCACCGCACCUUCUCGCCCGGCUUCCCCGGGCUCGUCGAGAACUUCUACGUGCAGGAGCAGCUGUGCGAGCUCUUCAUGCCCGACCUCAUGGCCAACUUCCGCGCCCACGACAUCAGCACCAGCGCGUACGCGACCAAGUGGUACAUCACGCUCUUCGCAAACGUCGUGCCCUUCCAGACACAGAUCCGCCUCUGGGACGCCAUGCUCCUCGAGGGCGUCGACGUGCUGGUUGCUUUCGCGCUCGCCAUUCUCUGGGCUCAACGCGGACGGCUUGCGGCGAAGGCCGCAGGCUUUGAAGUCAUCCUCGGCUCGCUUGGCGCAGAGUUCCUGCCCACGGACGACGACAUGCUGCUCCGCUGGGUCUCGCAGCUCCUGGCGCGCGACGACGUGCGGCGCCACAUGGCUGCGGCACGCAAGAAGUGGCGUGCCCUUGAAGCAUCCGGCGAGGCGCUGCAGAUGAUCACCUAGACGCUCGUUCACGACCUCACGACAUCAAGAUCUGCGCCAUUCUGCCCUCUCAUUUUCUCGCCCCUUCCAUCAUCCAAGCGUCCCUGUGCACACUCACGUCACCGUCUUCCACAUCAAUGCACUGUCUCUUCGAGC